AUGGGCAACGACGGAGGCUCGAUCCCCACGCGUCGCGAACUCGUGAAAACGGCCGCGCGAACGCCAACAAUUAGCGAACUCAAGGCGACGGUGUUAGAAAACCUCACCCAUGCAUGGGCCCAUGACCCUGUGACCUCAGAGCUCCUCGAUAUGGAGAACGUGGUAUCGGACUGGCGAGGGAGACUCUACAGUUAUGAGUCGGUACUCAAGGGGCUGAUGCCCAAUGGGGAUGAUGAUGACAGCAGCGAAGCGCCCGUUCUCACAAACGGUGAGUCGACUGCAGUGGAUUUUGCCUCCACGGAUAUCAAGUCGCUACGGGAUGUGGUGAAGCUCAAAUUUACCCGCUAUACGCCACCCGGGACUAAGGGGCAAGAGAUAUGGGCCUGUCCCGUGUCGAUGAAGGAGCUGGGGCCUGCAACAAAGGCUGUGUAUAUUGUCCCAUGCGGGCAUGUAUUUGCCGAUGCCGCAAUCAAGCAGAUUCAAGAAGACAUCUGCCCAGAGUGCAGCAGCGAGUUUAAGGCAGGUGAUGUGGUUCCAAUACUACCUACGGAAAGGGCGGAUCUCGACUUUGUCACGACGAGGAUCAGCUCCCUGAGGCGCGAUGGCCUUACACAUAGCUUGAAGAAGGAUAAAAGCAAUGUGAAGAAGAAAAGGAAGGCGGGUGCAGGGGAUUGGGAGGCGAAGAAUGCAGAUGGUGCACCCCAACCUGAGAAAGCUAAGGGUUCCCGACAAGAGAAUGGGAAGGCGGCCAAGGCGAGCGGUAUCAACAAUCCCAUGACGGCGUCACUCACAGCAAAGGUUCUAGCAGAACAGGAGGAGCGCAAUAAACGGCGGAAGCUGGCCAACCAAGCCUCGUGA